AUCUCAUUAAAGGAAAAAAAAAAUAGAUUGUAAGUUGUCUGACAGCAGACUUUGCCAGCAUUUGCAUUUUGCAACUUCUCCUGGGAAGCUAGCAUUUGUACUAUUGCAGAAUACUCUGACGUUACUGCCAGACAGGGGACACAGCCAAAGGCGAUACAUCAAUUUAUACAGUAUACAAGUGUGCCAAUCUGUAUAUCCCACACAAUACUUACGUUAUAGGCAACAUUUAAAAUUAUAUAUAUAAAAGGAUACUAUUAUUAAUUAAAAAAAGAAAAGAUUCCUGACUGCUCCCUACAGUACAGUGAAGAAGAGGACAAAGGCGCACAAGCUUCAAGGAGAAGACACAGGGGGAAAAUAGAGUCACUAUGGGAGCUGGGACCUCUGCACAGCAGGUAGCUGAAAAGACCAAUGAAGAACAGCUGGAUGAACAGCAGGAACAGGGUCAACUAGCGGAGGGGCUGGAGGAUGAGUCAGUUGAUGUCAAGGCAUUACAUAAGAAUGGGAAUUAUGCCCUCACUAAUGGAACUGCGGAAGAAGAAAUAGAAUCAGGAAUCCAAGCUGAGUUUAUCAACGGCCAUCAGGAAGAGACAGAAAUCAAAAAAGUUGGGCAACAGGAGCCUUCCAAUGUAAUUCUUAAUGAAGGAUCAUGUGAAAAUGUGGAGGUUGUUACUGAUGACAAGACUUCCAAAGAUAAUGUGGGAGAAGUUGGGGAUGAAGGUCCAGAAGCAGCAGUUUCAGAACCUGUAUCAGGCGAUAAAGAUGACUUGCCAGAACAAGUCACUGAAGAUCAGUCUAAUGAAGUGGGAUUCAAAAAGGUGUUUAAAUUUGUUGGAUUUAAAUUUACUGUGAAAAAAGAAAAGACGGAAAAAUCAGAACCUGUACAGCUAUUAACUGUGAAAAAAGAUGAAGUAGAAGCAAAUGGGACUGAGAAUACUGUAAAGCAAGUUGAUAAUGAACAAAAGCAAGAAACCGAGGAAGACAGUAAAGAAAUAUCAGAAACUGCAAAUGAGGUAGCAAAAUGUGUUGAAACUGUAGUUGAAACUGAGAAAGAAGAGGUUGGUGAAAAACCAACAGAAAAAGAAUCUGAAGUUGAAAAAGAACAGAAGAAAUCACCAGAGUCUCCAACCAAUCCCAUUGUCACUGAAACCUCUUCACCAUUUAAGAAGUUUUUUACACAAGGUUGGGCUGGAUUGAGAAAAAAGACUAGUUUCAGAAAGUCAAAGGAGGAAGACCACCAGGAAGUGGAAAAGAGCAUUCAAGAACAACAAAAUGAAACUAAAGAGGAUGCUUCCAAGAAAGAAGUGGGUCUUGAAGAGGCUCCUGAAGUUGGACUUGAACUGCAGGAAGAAAAAACGAUUGAAACUGAAGAAGCAAAGGCUCCUGUUGAUACUGUUGAAACCAUUGUUGUAGAUGCUUCAAAAGCAGAAGAGCAUGCAUCAGAUGCAAUUCAAAUAAUCAGUGAGGAAGAUAUUGAAAAAGUAGAUGGUUGUGUGAAAUCUGUAACGGAAAAGGUAGAUGACGUAAAGGAAAUCGCAACAGAAAUUGCUUCAGUGGAAUUGAAGGAAUUAGACAAGAUAAAACCUGAAGCAGAAGUUCCUGAAGAAAACGUAGUAAACCAAAUAAAUGAGGUAAUAUCCUCUUGUAGCUCACCAGUUAUAGAACCAAAUGAAAUCCCUUCAGUUUUAUCAUCUGAUACAGAGAUCAAGAUCACAAAUCUUGUGGUGGAAGACCUUGCCCAACAAUUAUCAACAAGCUCUGAAGGCACAGAAAUAGAAAAAGUUCAAGAAACCAUAACAACUGAAGCUGACCUGUUGUCAUCACAAGAAAAGGCCAAGCUGCAAGGUAGUCCCUUAAGAAAACUUUUCUCUGGCUCUGGUUUGAGAAAGCUUUCAGGAAAAAAACAAAAAGGAAAGAAAGAUGAAGACACUAAACCUGAAGAUGUGACUGAACAAGCACCCGUGUCCUCAGAGCCUGAAGUUCCAGAAAGCAAUGAAGUUGAUAGUUCACCAUCUUCUCCUGAUGAGUCUGUAGAAGUAUCACCUACUGAAAAACUAACAGAAGAUGCACCACAAGCUUCUGAAGCAGAAGGUGAAGGGGCUACAUCUGAAGGGGAAAGAAAGAAGGAUGGUAUUACACCAUGGGCUUCAUUUAAAAAAAUGGUAACCCCCAAAAAACGUGCAAAGGUCCCCUCUGAAAGUGAUAAAGAAGAUGAUGUUGAAAAAGUAAAAAGUUCAACUUUGUCUUCUACUGAUAGUGCUGCCUCAGUGGAGAACCAAGUUGAAACCAAAGAAGGGGUUGAAGAGCAAAAGCUGGAAAAAAGCACAGAAGAAAAUAGAAAGAAAGUUGAUAGCUCAGUGUCAUGGGAAGCUUUAAUCUGUGUUGGGGGUUCCAAGAAAAGAGGAAGGAAAACAUCUGAUUCAGAUGAGGAAGAUGUGCACAAAAGCCUUGAAGAAAGUAAAAAACCCGAAGACGAAGCAGAUAAAGCUAAAGAAAACUAUUCUGAGGAACCCAUUUCUCAAGAAAAGGAAAAUUUAGAUGACAGCCCUUCACCAGAUCAAGGUAAUAGCCCCAAUGAAGUGGAUGGAGUAUCAACCUGGCAGUCCUUUAAAAGGCUAGUGACUCCAAGAAGAAAGUCAAAAACCAGAAUUGAGGACAAAGCUGAUGAACCCGCAGGAGUCUCAAGUGUUGAGCAGUCAACGUCAGAUGGGGAAGCUGGAAAAGAUGAAUCUUGGGUUUCUCUGAAAAAAUUGAUUCCUGGUCGUAAGAAGAAAAAAUCAGAUGGUAAACUAGAACAGGCUCCAUCAAAUGAUGCAGGUGAAGUUGUGCACAAAUCUGAAGUGGCUGAUGAGGACUAUGAUGUACCAGCAGUAGUUCCUUUGUCUGAAUUUGAUGCUGCCGAGCAAGAAAAGAUUGAUGCUCAGAAAUCUGUGGAAAUUUGUACUAAUUACUUAACAGAACCAGAAAUUGCACCUGAAAUUUCCAGUGAAGAACUCAUUCAUGCUGUGACUGUGACUGUGAUAGAAGGGGAGAGGGCAGUCACUAGUCUUGAUGAAAGAUCUCCCUCUUGGAUAAGUGCAACAGUGACUGAACAGACAAAGGAGCUUCAGACCAAAGAAAGAAUUGAAAGUGAAGUCAUUGUUGAAGAAGCUUUAAUUCUAAGCACAGUUUCACAAGUUAUUGUUGAAGCCAAAAAUUUAACUAGGGAGGCAGAGUUAACCUCAGAAGCAUUGACUGCUCUAGAAGAAGCAAUAGAAAUCUCAGGUGCUGAGGAGACAACUGAGAUGAUAUCUGCAGUUUCACAACUUACUGAAUCAUCUGCUACUACUGAAGAGGGGACACCUGUGCCUGAAGAAGAUAAAAUUCACAGCGUGGAGGAGCAAAAGAAGCAUAUUAAACAUAUUCUUUAUGCUGCCACUGAAAGUGCAAAGCUGUCUGUAGAUGCAAUAGUAGAUAAUGUAACCUAUGCUAUUGUGAAUUUGUCUCAAAAUCAAGAAUCUGAAGUUGAAGAAACAGAUGAUUCUAAAACCUCACUUCAAAAAUCUGCAUUUGUUUUUGAAAAAGUAGAAAAUAUAGAAGUUAAAGACAAACCAGACCAAUUACCUGAGAGUGCUAUAGAGGAAACAGAAGUGGACAGCUCUGAAAAGGAUAGUUUGGACUUUGAAAUUAUCAGCACAUCUGAAUGUAUGCCAUCAGUUCAGGAAGAAAUACAUAAAGAUGAAAACGUGGAGAAUGUGAAACAAAUAGUUGAUGCUAGUGCUAAACAAGUAAUCACAAUUUUGGCUGUAGAAUCAGCUGAUGUAGAGAAGACCGAAAAAACAACUGCUAUUAUUUUGACUAAAGAGCAGAUGGAAGAUACUGUUAUAACUAAAGAGAAUAUUGAAAAAGAAACCAUUCCCUUAUUCUCUGAGGAGUACAAAGAAAAAAUGGAAGUAGCAGAUGAAGGUAAAGCUUUGGAAGAGGAGCAAGCAAAGGAAUUUGUUUCUGUUUUGAUCAAGAAUCACAUAGUGGAAGAAAGUGGCCUUGUCUAUGUUGAGGAACAGGUGAUAGAAGAAAGUUCUCCUCUAUUAGCCAAAGAGCAGACCAAAGAAGAAAGGCCUCUGAUUUUGGCUGAUGAAGAGGUCAAAGGUUUUCCAUUUUCGGAGGAACAUACUAAAGAAAAAAGUAUUCCUAUUUUAUCUGAAGAGAAAGCUAAAGAAGAAACAACUUAUGUUUUGGCUGUGGAGAAGGUACAAGAAGAAAGUGCCCCUACUGUGGAGACCAGUUCUAAAGAAAAAAGUGAGCCUGUUUUGGCAGAGAAAACUAAAGAAAAAAUUAGCCAUGCUGUGUCGGAGGGAGAGGACAAAGAUGUAAGUGUGACUGCUUUAACUGUGUCGUAUUAUAAAGAAGAAAAUGCAUAUGCUUCAACUAUGGUGGAGAUGGAAAAUGAAAGAUUCAAAGCUUUGCCCCAGGAGCAGUUAGAACAUUUUUCUGUAUUGGAGGAAGAUAAGAGCAUAGAUGAAAAAGCCUGGUUGCAAGCAGAUGGAAGUAUUCCUUUAGCUCAGGCUGAAGAUGAAAGGGUCUCUGUCCUUGAAGAGGACUUGUCUAAAGAUGGUGCUCCAUGUUUGGCCAAGGAGCAGAUGGAAGAAACCAUUUCUGUAGCACAGGAGAAACAGACUGAAGAUAAAAGUGUACCAACUUUGGUCCAGGAGCAGGUAAAAGAGGAAAAUAUCUCUUUUCUGAAAGAGGACCUGGUUAAAGGUGACAGUUCUUCACCUUUGGUUGAGGAACAGGUAGAUGAAAAUAUUCCUGUAAUGCAGGAAGAACAAACUAAAGAUGAAAGUGUACCAUCUUUGAUUCAGGAACAGAUGGAAGGGGUCUCUUUUCUGAAAGAAGACUUGACUAAAGAUAAAAACGCUUCCAUUUUGACCAAUGAACAGGUUGAAGAAAAUAUUUCUUUAGUGCAGGGAGAACAAGCUAAAGAGGAAACAGUACCACCUUUUGCCAAGGAACAGGUAGAAGAAAGGGUCUCUGCUCUGGAGGAGCAGGUAGAAGAAACUAUUUCUGAGACACAGGAGGAAUUGGCUGAAGAUGAAAGUGCCUCAUCUUUGGUAAGGGAGCAGAUAGGAGAAAGUAUUCCUGUAGCACAGGCGGAACAAACUAAAGAGAAAAGUGUACUGUCUUUGACAAAGGAGCUGGAAGAAGAAAUUGUCUCUGUAUUGGAGAAGCAGGUAGAGGAAAGUAUUACUGUAGCAAAGAAGGAACUGGUUGAAGGUGCCUCAUCUCUUGCUAAGGAGCAGAUAGAAAGUAUUCCUGUAGUGGAGGAACAAGUUAAAGAGGAAAGUAUACCUGCUUUGGCCAAGGUGCAGUUAGACUAUAAAAAUGUCUCUGUUCUGGAGGAGCAGAUAGAAGAAAGUAUUACUGUAACACAGGAAGAACAGGCUGAUGGUGAAAGUGCCUCAACUUUGGCUAAGGAGCAGAUAGAAGGUAUUGCUGCUGUAGAGGAACACAUUAAAGUGGAAAGUGUACCUGCUUUGGCUAAGGUGCAGUUAGAAGAUGAAAUAGUCUCUGUUCUGGAGGAGCAGAUAGAGGAAAGUAUUACUGUUGCACAGGAAGAACUGACUGGUGAAAGUGCCUCAACCUUGGCUAAGGAGCAGAUAGAAGAAGGUAUUGCUGCUGUAGAGGAACACAUUAAAGUGAAAAGUGUACCUGCUUUGGCUAAGGUGCAGUUAGAAGAUGAAAUAGUCUCUGUUCUGGAGGAGCAGAUAGAGGAAAGUAUUACUGUUGCACAGGAAGAACUGACUGGUGAAAGUGCCUCAACUUUGGCUAAGGAGCAGAUAGAAGAAGGUAUUGCUGCUGUAGAGGAACACAUUAAAGUGGAAAGUGUACCUGCUUUGGCUAAGGUGCAGUUAGAAGAUGAAAUAGUCUCUGUUCUGGAGGAGCAGAUAGAGGAAAGUAUUACUGUUGCACAGGAAGAACUGACUGAUGGUGAAAGUGCUUUAUCUUUGACUAAAGAAAUGGAAGAAAGUAUUCCUGAUAUACAGGCCACUGAUCAAAGUUUACCAGCUUUUGUUAAUGAUCAGGUGGUAGAAGAAAGUAUUCCUUUAUUUAAAGAAGAACAGGCUAAAGAUGAAAAUUCCUCAUCGCUGGCUGAGCAGGUAGAAGAGGAGAGUAUUCCUGGAGUGGAGAAACAGACUAAAGAUAAAAGUGAUCCAGCUUUGGCUAAGGAACAUUUAGAAGAAGAAAGUAUUCCUUUAGUCCAGGAAGAACAGUCAAAAUAUGAAAGUGUUCCAUCUCUGGUUGAGCAAGUAGAAAAAGAGAGUAUUCCUGAAGCAGAUGUGCAACAGGCUAAAGAUGGUGUACCGUCUUUGACUAAGGAGCAAGAGGAAGGUGUUGCUGAAAUUGGGGAGGACAUGAAAAAAGAUAAAAUUGCUACUUGUCUGAAUAAUGAGGGGGUAGAAGAAAGUGGUGUUGCACCGAAUGAACAGGCUAAAGAUGAAAGCGCACAAGAUUUGGCUGAGAAGCAGGCUGCUGAGGGCUCUGAUCUGAUUGUACAGCAGACUAAUAGCGCUGCUAUUUUUAUGGAGAAAAAUGCUGAGUAUGUCACUGUAGAGAAUGAAAAGCCAGAUACAGAAGUUUCCCCUGAAAAGAGUCCUAAAGAAAGUGCUUAUGCUGAGGAUGUAGCCCAUCUUUCCAGUGUUAAGAAUUAUGAGGGUGCUCCCUCCUCUGCUGCAGAAGUUCUCUCUGUUUUGGAUACAGAAAUUCAAGAGAGUGUACUUGAGUCAUCUAGAGUACUAAUUGAAGAAAGUUGUCCUGAAGAUGCCUCAGAGAUUCCAACUGAGGUGCAUGAUGCUGGUGCUCUGCUACCUAAAGAAUUAAAGGACCAAGAAAAAGAAAGCAGUCUUGUGGAUCAGAGCUUAGGUGACGGUGCAUAUAUUCAGGAUUCUGUGACCAUCAUAUCUAAUAUCACACCUUCUGAAACACAUGAAUGUGUAACAGAGUCUUCAAAGGAAAUUGAAGAACCUGAAAUCAUAAGAGAUGUCACUGUAGAGCACAGUACAAGUUUUCAUCUAUCGCUAGUUAAAGACCUCACAGAAACCUGUAAUGAUGCGGUUAGUACUGAAAAUAUUGCUGAGAUUAAAAGCUCUGAGGCUAAAGGACCAUCAGAACCAGUUACUGCAGCAGCAGUUGAAGAAUCAAUUUUGGAAGAAACAACUAAACCUAUUGUAUCUCAAACAGAAAGCCUUCUGCUAAUCCAGACAGGUGGUGAUUUAGCUAAUUCAGAAGGCCUUAAAGUAACUUCUGAAUAUGUGAAGUCAGGUGUAAAAGCUGUUUCUCAAACUGCGGCAUCAAUUGUAGAUGCUGCAAUUGACGCUGCAACAAGCUGUGUGGCUAUGAGCACCAUCCCUAAGGAGACAGAAGAAAGCUGGGUAGAUAAAAAUGAAGUAGUUACUUUAGAAAAUAUGGAGACAGAAAGAGAAGAACAUAACGGUUCUCAAACUGACCUUGAAUCACAUAGUACAAAAAUUGUACAAAAGAUAAUUAAAACCUCUUUGGAAAGCCUUUCUCAAAGUCUACCUGUAGAACUGGUUUCGGAAAUUCAUGAAAUUGCAUCUGCUCCUGAAGUUUCCACUAAAGAAACCAUAACUGUAGAAGUCACACAGGUAUUUCAACAGACCUUGUUGGAACAAGUUAUUCUUGAACAUUCCUCAAUUCUGGAAAUCGAACAGAUAACCAAAGAGCCUUGUUGUGAGCCUAUUGAAAUAGUUUCCACUAGUAAACUAACUAAUGGAAAUGCAGAAGAAUUGGCCCAAGGUGAGCAUAUAAGUAAUGUAUGUGUGAAAAUGGAAGAAGUAAUGCCAAAGGAAAUCUCACAAUGUGUAAAUGUGGAUGAGCAAGUAAAGUUAAAUGUACAAAUUUUGGAAGCCGAAUCAGAAACAACUUUGGUUACCAGAUCAGAAGAGAAAAUUGAAGUAACAACUGUAAAGGAUUCUUCGGAAGAACAUACACCAAAAACGACAAAUACUGUUGAAUCCUGAGAUUUAAUCACACUAAAAACCAGUUUGCCGUUUGUGAAGAAUCCAGAAUGUGAGAGACUGCUAAACCUAUGAGGAGCGUAAUGUGUAACCCCUGCAAAGCUGAGGAUCUUAUGAACUCUUAUGAACACCAUCUGACUGCAUUGAGCUACGACAAUCCUGAAUGGUCGCCAGGAGCUUUAGCCACAACUGUCUCUUGUUUGUUUUUCUGCCUUGAGACUUCUUUGUUCUUGUUUGUAAAGCUAAAAUAUAACGGUUGAGGUAAAAGGAACAGGAAACGUGGGUUUUUUUUUUUUUUGGUUCGUGUGAUGACACGUACUUGGCAGGAUAAUUGUAGAGACUGGCAGCAUUCCAUGUUCCUAUUGUUAAUGUACUUCUAGAAUUGGAGGUAAAUUUAAUAUGUAUUUAUGUAUAUCUCAAAUUUCACUUUAUUUACUGUAUAUUUCCUUUUAAAGUAUAUAACUGAGGAGAAGAGGAACGCAGCAAACUAACUAUAUUACGCCGGCUAACAGAAUCUACGUGCAUGUCACCAAGAAAAAAGUUCAGCAGCUAUUUGAAAAAGAUAAUGCUCUCUAACCAAAGGCUGAAAUCUGUGAUAGACUUUAGCUGAAAUGCAAAUAUGUUUGCUGUUUUAGUUUUUUUUACUUUUCAAGAACAUUUCUGAUGUAAGGAAAGAAACUGUAGAAAUGUAUUGUUUACGAUAACAUUUAAAUUAUUACUCAAAGUUCUUAUAAAUACAUACCUAUAUUAAAGUGCACUAUAAAUUUUAUUAAUACACAUUUUUAAUAUUUUCUUUGUAGGGUAUUUUGUUUUUUUUGAUCGGUGUAGGAACAAAUAGGUACACUUUUUUUUUUUUUGCAAUGGUUCUGGAUUUGACUGUUAAAAACGUGAAUCAAAUCUACUAGUUUUGCCAAUUUAAGUUGGUAGUCCUACUUAUACCAAAUUACAACUGGUUUCUUGACACUAUGUAUGGGACCUACUUUUUUUUUUUUUUUUUUUUCUUAAUAUAUUUUUCAUCAUGCUUAUGUAAAUGUUGUUAAUGUCUGAUUUUUAUCAAUGUAAGUUUAAAUAAAAUUCUUGCUUUUACCA